CCUGAUGUAAAGACAGAAGACUUGGAUUCAAGUCCGGCCCUGCCACUUCAAGAUCACACGGGGCCCAAGUUUGACAUCGAUUUGCUGGUUUCGCUUCUGAGGCAAGAGAAUGCAAGAGACAUCUGUGUGAUCCGCGUUCCUCCCGAAAUGAGAUACACAGAUUACUUUGUGAUCGGAAGCGGAACUUCCACCCGACACUUACAUGCCAUGGCCUACUACAUCGUGAAAAUGUACAAAUUCCUAAAAAGUAAAAAUGAGCCUCAUGUGAAAAUUGAAGGGAAGGACACUGAUGACUGGCUCUGUGUGGACUUUGGCAGCAUGGUGAUUCAUUUGAUGCUUCCGGAGACCAGAGAAAUGUAUGAACUGGAGAAGUUAUGGACCCUGCGUUCUUAUGAUGACCAGUUAGCUCAGAUCGCACCUGAGACAUUACCUGAAGACUUCAUUCUUGGAAUAGAAGAUGACCCUUCCUCCCUGACUCCAAUGGAGUUCAAAUGUGAAUAAAAUACUCGUUUAUUCAUUUCA